AUGACGAUGAGCGCCGUCGCGGAGCGCAAGAAAUUCAACGCGGUUUACAAGAAUCCUGAAAACGCAUGGGCAAUGGACUCAUGGUUUGCUCUAGUCCAUGAGAGGGAGCUCCUAAAGAGCAAGGAAGAAAUGCUGCGCCUUAGCAAAAGAGAGGUUGAACUUGAAGUUAAAUAUCGAGAUCUGAACCUGCGUUUCAAGCAGCUGGGUGAAGGAAUGAACGAUAACCUGACUGCAAAUAGUGAUCUUCUCGCGGCGAUGUUGGCAGUUGUUGAGGAAAAGAAGGAAGUAAACAGGUUAUGCGAGAAUGCCAAGCAGAGCUACAAAAUGAUCAACGCGAACAUGAAAGCAUUGAGAGAAAAAGGUCGAAAUUUCGAGAGAUUCAGACCUGUGUUUUCUUCGCAG